GCCAGAAGCCGGAGAUCCUGAGGUAAAAAUCUCGGAGUCCAGAACCCAGACUCCCCCCCCCACCGCCCCCCUCCCAGCCCCUCAACUGGAAUCUUCUGUCGACCGUACAGCCGGAUUCGGGAGCGGGGGAUGAGCAAACAGAAGGAAUGUGGUGCUGCUCCUGUUAUUUUGAAGUAUUUGAAUGACCAGAAUCGGCCAUACAGUGCACAAGAUGUGUUUGGAAAUCUCCAGCGUGAGCAUGGUUUUGGAAAGACAGCUGCAGUGAAAGCUCUUGAACAACUAACUCAAGAUGGUAAAAUAAAAGAAAAGGUGUACGGGAAACAGAAAAUCUACUUUACUGAUCAGAGUCAGUUUGCAGCUGUUGGUGAAGCUGAUCUGAAGACCCUGGACAUUCAGCUCAGUGGCCUGAGUGAGAAGUUCCAGAAUGUUCAACAGAGCUGCCGGCAAAUGGAAGCAGAACUUAAAGAGCUAAAUAAUGCAAUGACAACCGAAGAAAUGUCUUUGGAAAUUGCAGCGUUAAAACAGGAAUGUGCAUCACACCAAGAGAGACUGAAGAAAAUCAAAUCUGCAACCAACCAUGUUGCCCCAGAGGAUAAAGAUAAGGUUUAUAAUGAACGGAAACUAUUUGUGAAAGAAUGGCGGAAAAGAAAGAGAAUGGCUGCUGAUUUGACUGAUGCGGUUCUGGAAGGGUACCCCAAGAGCAGAAAGCAGUUUUUUGAGGAGAUUGGUAUAGAAACAGAUGAAGAUCACAUGGUCACUGUACCAGACUUAUGAAGAAAAAAAUUUACACUAAAAGAUUGGGAACGAAGAUCCAAUGAGGUUUUACAUAAACAUUAAUAGCUACCUCAGGAUGCUUUUUACCCAACCAAAAAAAUGUUUUGAAACUUGACUUGCUGCAGCUAGGAAUUCAUGGAUUCUCCAAUUGGUUGCUGAAUGUUGAUGGAUCCUGCUGCUUAAUGCAGAAGUCCCUAUGAAAUCUGUUCAAUUCCCGGGUGUUACUGCGUGUUCUGAUCUGCAUCUGAUCACAUAAGAAGCAGUACUUCACAUUGAGGGGAUAUGAUUAUAUUUGUGAUUUCAACAGGAAGAUAACUAGAUGAUGCCCUUCCCUGUCCAAAAUUCCAGCAUCACUCCUCGAUUAUUUUAAAUUGUGCUUUUGGUGCUUCUCUCUGAAGUGCUGUAUACUUCUGUUUAGUUGGCUGUGCAUGGACUUGAUACAUUGAAGCAACAUCCAGUUUGUAGAGCCCUCAAGUGCACCAGAUCCAUUGCUAUCUAAAAUUUAUAUUUACAGCGCUCCAAAAAGGAUUGCUCUGAAUCUAAACUCUGAGGAAUUUCCUAGCUUGGAUGUUGAGCUGGAGCUUGGUUCUUUUCAUACUGUGGUCUGCCAUCACUGAUGGAGCUUGUCUAUAAAGAUAUAAUCUUUUUGACUCAAAGAAACCAGGAUAAUUAUUGUCAGGUGAUAAAUAUAUUGGCAAUAUAUUUAAUGUGUCAAUAUUAUCUUUUCAUAGAUUCUUACUGUUAAGGCUGUUUUUUGUUCAAAGAUUUGUUUUGUCAUGUAGCUGAUACGGACUUCUGCGGUGGAUGGGCUGAUUAACUGAUGCUGCACUAUUGUAAAUGUUGCUAUUUUUCAGAAUAAAAUACUGUAAAAUGAUGUA